AUGGUGCAUAAAUACGACACAGAGAGGGCGGUGGGGCUGCUCAGACAAUACCAGGCCAACCUGACCAGCCCGGAGGAGCAGGCCUUGAAGACCAGCGUGGGCAAAGUGUCGGCCAUCUUGGGAAGCCAGCUGUUCCAAGCGCUUCUUGAUAUUCAGGAGUGUUACGAGGUGACCUUGCAGCUGAACGCCGAGCAAACUGUUGUGAAAGAAGACAACAAGCAGGAUGCGUGGGAGGAUCAGGAGGACGAGGGUAUGUCUCGCGUACGAGUGACCAGCAGGAGGAGUCCUCACAAAGUGGAGCGUGUUUCUGGACUGGUGGCUCACUCCCGUAUUGACAUGCCAAAACCGAUCGCAGCGUGCCGAGUGAGAUCUGAGGAGGCAGCAGAGACAGAGUGCCACGCCGCUCAUCUCAGCGUCAGCCCAGCCAGCACAGCCAGCAUGCACAAACACCACCACUGCUGCAAGUGCCCAGAAUGUUAUGAGGUGACCCGUAUGGCUGCCCUGCGUAGGAUGGACGCCCCAGCAUAUGGAGGAGACUGGCAGGCCGAGCCCUAUGGAUACCCACCUGGGUACGGGGGAGGCCAGACCUUACCCCCUCCGGCUUCAGGAGGCGGUGGAAGCAUGGGAGGAGGAGGGGGUACUCUGGGGAGAAGUAAAGGCAAGAUAAUGUCUGGUGGGGGCCCGGGAGGCCCCAACCCAAAGGGUCAGUCCAAGGGUGGCCCCAAAGUAAAUGGCAACAACUCCAGUGGACAAGGAGGAUGGUGGCCCGAGUGCACCUGUACCAAUCGGGAGUGGUAUGACCAGGCGAACCCUCCCCCCAUCAUUGUCAACGCAGACUCACUAGAUGCAAGCCCUUAUGUAAAUGGCAGUGAUGGGAUGUAUAAAUAUGAAGAGAUCAUUUUAGAGAGGGGGAACUCUGGCUUGGGCUUCAGCAUCGCCGGAGGGAUAGACAAUCCCCACAUUCCCGAUGAUCCGGGGAUUUUCAUCACAAAGAUCAUUCCUGGGGGAGCAGCUGCUAUGGAUGGACGGCUGGGUGUUAAUGACUGCGUGCUGCGCGUGAACGAGGUGGACGUCUCAGACGUGGUCCACAGCCGAGCAGUUGAAGCCCUGAAGGAGGCGGGGCCUGUGGUGCGGCUGCUGGUCCGACGGAGGCAGGCCCCACCCGAGACCAUCCUGGAGGUUAACCUGCUGAAAGGGCCCAAAGGACUGGGAUUUAGUAUCGCCGGAGGGAUCGGGAACCAGCACAUCCCAGGAGACAACAGCAUCUAUAUUACCAAGAUCAUAGAAGGAGGAGCUGCCCAAAAAGAUGGACGACUACAGACUGGAGACCGCCUGCUGGCUGUGAACAACAUCGUGCUGCAGGACGUGCGUCAUGAGGAGGCGGUAGCUGCUCUGAAGAACACCUCUGAUAUGGUUUACCUCAAAGUGGCCAAGCCAGGACCCGUGCAUCUGAACGACAUGUACGCCCCUCCAGACUACUCCAGCACCUUCCCCACCAUGGUCGACAACCAUGUCAGCCAUAACUACAUGGGGCCGAUGGAGCCCAAGCCAGUGUACCCGCCGCCCCAGGUCACCCCGUCCAGGUACUCGCCCGUCCCCCGCCCCAUGCUUGGGGAGGAAGACUUCACGAGGGAGCCGAGGAAGGUGGUGCUGCACAAGGGCUCCACCGGUCUGGGCUUCAACAUCGUAGGCGGGGAGGACGGAGAGGGGAUAUUCGUCUCCUUCAUCUUGGCCGGAGGGCCGGCUGACCUGAGCGGCGAGCUGAGGAGGGGCGACCGGAUUCUCUCGGUGAAUGGCGUGAACCUUCGAAACGCUACACAUGAGCAGGCGGCCGCAGCACUGAAAAGGGCUGGGCAGACGGUCACCAUCAUAGCUCAGUACAGGCCUGAAGGGAGACAAAAAAGGGGGCAAUACCAUGCAAAGUUCAUCAGCACAUAUCCAUUUCCUAUACCUGCUUCAUCCAGCUCAGGGUCACAGCCGCUGCCGGCACGCCGAGAGCCGGGCACCGAUACCGAGAGGACGCUGAGCGGGAAGUACAAGCUCCGCCGUGUUUACCGCGCCGCAGCAAAGUUUAAAUGCGCUCCAAGUGAAGACGGAGAACUAAAAGCCACAUUUGUCCGAGAGUACAGUCGCUUUGAGUCCAAGAUCCACGACCUGAGGGAGCAGAUGAUGAACAGCAGCAUGAGCUCAGGAUCGGGUUCCCUGCGCACCAGUGAGAAACGCUCCCUCUAUGUCAGAGCUCUGUUUGACUACGAUCGAACGAGGGACAGCUGCCUGCCCAGCCAAGGCCUCAGCUUCUCUUAUGGAGACAUCCUUCAUGUCAUAAAUGCUUCUGAUGACGAAUGGUGGCAGGCCCGGCUGGUCACACCUCACGGAGAGAGUGAGCAGAUCGGAGUCAUUCCGAGCAAAAAAAGAGUGGAAAAGAAGGAGCGGGCCCGAUUAAAAACAGUCAAGUUCCACGCGAGGACGGGCAUGAUUGAGUCCAACAGGCCAGUAAAAGUAAAGCGCAAAAAAAGCUUCAACCUCUCGCGCAAGUUCCCGUUUUACAAGAGCAAGGAGAAUAUUGUGCAGGAGUUGGUGGAGUCUGAACAAUGCCUGACAUCCAACACAAGUGACAGUGAAAGUAGUUCGAAGGGUCAAGAGGACACAAUCCUUUCCUAUGAGCCAGUCAUCCGACAGGAAAUACACUACACAAGACCUGUGAUCAUUUUGGGCCCGAUGAAGGACAGAGUAAAUGAUGACCUCAUCUCUGAGUUUCCCCACAAGUUCGGUUCAUGUGUACCCCAUACAACCCGACCAAGGCGAGAGAACGAGAUAGACGGCCAGGACUAUCACUUUGUGGGUUCAAGAGAGCAAAUGGAGAAAGACAUUCAGGAUAAUAAAUUCAUUGAGGCCGGCCAGUUUAAUGAGAACCUCUACGGGACGAGCAUCUUAUCUGUCAGAACUGUGGCAGAGAGGGGGAAACACUGCAUUCUGGAUGUGUCCGGGAAUGCCAUAAAACGACUGCAGCAAGCACAACUUUAUCCCAUUGCCAUCUUUAUAAAACCAAAAUCCAUUGAAGCUCUAAUGGAAAUGAAUAAGAGACAGACGUAUGAACAGGCUAAUAAAGUCUUUGACAAGGCAGUAAAGCUGGAGCAAGACUUUGGAGAGUUUUUCACAGCUAUUGUACAGGGUGACUCACUAGAGGAGAUCUACAACAAAAUCAAGCUGAUCAUUGAGGAGCAGUCUGGGCCCUACAUUUGGAUCCCCUCCUCAGAGAAGCUCUGA